AGGUCGCCUUUAUAUGCAAAUUAGGGUUUUUGAUUUGAAGAAAUACAGAAACGGUGACGUAGUUGUCAACUACCGGCUACCGAGGGAAAGAAACAAAACAACAGUUUGAGCGAUUGCGUUUCAGCUAUUUUACGCUUGGAAGAAUUCGGCGGCAAGUUUAACUGAGAAGUGAAGAUAUUGUGCUCUCGGCGUUGUUGCAGAGUAUCUAGGGUUUAGCAGAUAGGCAAGAGAUGCUGUACAUAAUAGGUCUAGGAUUGGGAGAUGAGAAGGACAUCACAUUAAGAGGCCUAGAAGCUGUGAAGAAAUGUGAGAAGGUGUACAUGGAAGCUUACACUUCUCUCCUCUCUUUUGGUCUCUCCACUGAUGGACUUUCCACUCUGGAAAAUUUAUAUGGGAAACCAAUUACCUUUGCUGAUAGAGAGAUGGUAGAAGAGAAGGCUGACGAUAUAUUGUCAUCAGCUCGUACAUCUGAUGUGGCUUUCCUUGUUGUUGGAGAUCCUUUUGGAGCUACAACACAUACAGAUCUUGUUGUUCGAGCAAAGGAAUUGGGUAUUGAUUUCAAAGUGGUACACAAUGCUUCUGUGAUGAAUGCUGUAGGGAUUUGUGGAUUACAGUUAUAUCGCUAUGGAGAGACUGUUUCCAUCCCUUUUUUUACUGAUACAUGGAGACCUGAUAGCUUUUAUGAAAAGAUCAAAAGAAAUCGUGAACUAGGAUUGCAUACACUUUGUUUAUUGGAUAUAAGAGUAAAGGAACCUUCUUGGGAAUCCUUGUCCAGAGGAAGGAAGAAGUAUGAACCCCCUAGAUACAUGACUAUAAACACUGCAAUUGAGCAACUCUUGGAGAUUGAGGAAAGACGUGGGGAAUCUGCAUACAAUGAAGAUACUAGAUGUGUUGGCUUUGCUCGGUUGGGAAGUGAGGAUCAAAUGAUAGUUACUGGAACAAUGAAGCAACUGCUGGCAGUUGAUUUUGGAGCACCCUUGCAUUGUCUUGUAAUUGUGGGGAAGACCCAUCCCCUAGAAGAAGAAAUGCUGGAUGUUUACAAACUCGAAGGAGGGAGUCCACACCAAAAAGAUGAUGGAAGUGUAUAAUGUUUCUCUAAGAGAAAUAUGUUUUAUGUCUGAUUUUUUGUCUUGUUGAAGAAGAAAAUUUUCCCGGGAAUUCAGCUUAGUGUUUAAUGUGCAUGGUGCAUUUACAACUUGUUGGUGGAGAGAGGAUUAAGUACCUCAUUUGCAUUUUCUACUUGGCCACUACUGUUGAAAAGUUGGUGCAGGAAGAGGAGAUCCAUUUUUCGCUUGCAUGAGGAGCCAAGCCAACUCCUCCACUCCAGGCGUAAUGCAACGUUCACUCAAUAUCCUAUGUGCACUUAGAAAAAAAAAUAUAUUUAUCCUCAAAAUUUAUAGCUGGAGAGAGUCUGUACGUCGGUAUGCUUGUCAAUCGAAGCUACUGUACCUUGAAAGAUUUAUUUGUAUGGCUUAUCUCUGUUUUUUCUGGUAGUGAGUAGCGACACUUGGGAUGAGGGAUCAGAUCUUGUUGGGUUUGUAAUACAUUCAUUAUCUUUACUCUUUCAAAGGUGGCUUAGACUUUAAUUAAGAAAUCUUUGAGAUACUGUUGGCCUGUC